AAACAUUGUGCGACACGAUGAAAAACAGAUUUUAAUUUAUUUUGCUGAAUUUAAAACUAUGUAUUACCAUAGAAUAAUAAAGUAAACGAUAGCAUGACUUCGAAGACGAAAAUAUUAUCUGGACAUGAAUUGGUAGCAAAGGGAUUCACAAAAAUCGAAGCUACGUUACCCGAAGUUGGCCUCAAAGAUGUCGAACCAAAUGGAAGCUGGUUGGAACAAAAACAAAUACAGUCCGCCUUGGAGGCAAGGAAACAUCUGAUUGAAGUAGAACGAAUAGAAAAAAGCGGAGCCCUGAGUGUGGCUGUGUGGUAUGAGGAGAAAAUGCUAGCAGAGGUGACCCAGAAAGUGGGUGGACACUGGCAAUUCCUUGGUCACAACGUAGGCAACCAACUAUACCUUUAUCCAGAGGAAGCCCUUUAUUUAAUGGAAGUGAAUUGCCUUCAACUUUUACAUAAUGAUAUGAAAGUGUCACUACAACAAGCCUAUUCUUUGUUGUUACGAGGCAAAGUUACAUUGUUACACUAUAAAGUGUACGCAUCACUUAGCAGACUUGGUUAUCGCCUGUUCAGACAUGAAAAGGUUAAACUCACAGAAUACGAGAGGAAAAUUAAAUUACUUGCCAAUUGUACAGAUAAUAUUGCAAUGGUCAAUUGUGGUGAUGAGAAAUGUAAUGAAGUUAAUGAAUCAGAAUGUGCAGAUGUUGAUUUACCUGAUAAUACUGUUGCUGAUACAAGCGAUAUUAAUGAUAUUGAAAUGGUAAGUAUCUCUAGUGCUGAAAUAAAAAAGCAUAAGGGAGCAGACAUAUAUCAAAGAUAUGUUGAAAAAUUAAAGAAGAAAAGGAUAAAGCCCUGUAAUAAUGAAGUCAUUCAGAAGUGUUUUGAUGAGCUUCCUAUUUUAUUAAAUGCAGAAACAGUCUCUAUUAAUGUUCCUGAAAAGAAAUAUAUUCCAAAAAAUAUUGAUAUGGUAAAAACUAACUAUAAUAUAAAUAUAGAAAAUAUACAGAAGAAAGUGGUUAGCCCGGCGUCGUCUGAUUCUAAUUUGUACAGCCAAAAUGAUGAAGUCAAUGGCUCUCAUAUUAGAAGGAUAAGACAUUUAUCUACUGGUCAUCCACCUCAUAUAAUGCAUGCUUCAGGUAUCGCAUUUCCUGCACAAAAUAUACCAAUAAGGUUCUUCAAUUAUUGGCGACCAUCACCAUUCAAUUUCAACUUUAUAUUUCAAAGACCAUUUGUACCGAGACAAUUCGGUCAGUACAUGCCACGUCUCAGCACAAAUUUCAGAUUGCUUUUCAACCAAACACAAUCGUAUUUUGGUAAUACAUACAUGAAUAACUUUAGUAUGCGACAGUUUAAUACCAAUAUUAGUAGACCUAGAAGAAGAAGGGGUAAUGCACAGAACGAUCAUUUGGAAGAAAUUCAGAAGUUGGCGACGAGGUUGAAACGUUUUUUCGCUACUGGCAACGCUAAUCCUGAAAAUGUAGAUGCAUUGCAAAGAUUGAUUAACACAUACAACGUUAGGUAUAAAACGAGAAUAAGAUUGAAUUCUGAAUUUGAAAUAGAUACAGAACAGGAUAUAGUGGAAACAAUAACAUUAGAUGACGACGAACCACAAAGAAAACGACAUAAGAGUUACGACGUUGAUGAAAAUUUCGAACAAAGUUUGAAUUUAAUUAAAGCGUUAGCACAUGAAUUCAAAGAUAUUGAGAGUAAAGGCAACUCAACACCUAAGCAUAGAAGAGCAUUUACGAAAGCACUAAAAUUUUUCAAUGAUACAUACAAUGUGGAGUAUUAUGCUAAUAACGAAUUCGAAAUUAUUGAUAGUAGAUACAUCACUGUUGCAUCAUCCGAUUCCGAUAGUCAUAUUGAAGAAAUAAAACCUAAAAGUAAGAGUAAAAAACUGAAGAAUCCAUUCAACAUUAUGAAACGAUUAUCGGAAACUCAAAAUGAAAUAGCUGAAUGUUCGCAUACGUCUAAUAAUGUGACAGAAAGAGAUAAGGAAUAUUCUGAACGACUUUUAGAUCUGUUUCCGAAUAACUGGCUCCCAAACAAAGAUGACUUUGGUAGAGCUGAAAUAGUAGAAAGAGAUGAAAACUACUGUCUGAUAGAUGACAAACAUGACGAGUUUUUGUACGAUUUUCUGACGCUUCGUCAAAAUAAGUUUAACAACUGGUUAGAUUUGAAGAUAUCGUUUUUUAAAAGCCUCGGAAAAGCAGUAUCAGAAUUUCAGAGUGUAAAAGAAAGUCAUGAUGUUUCGUUAACAAAAGAUGGUGCUGAUAUAAAAAAUGUAAUCGAUAAGUUGAAAAUAAUCAAGACUACCAAUACUGUAAAUAUAGAGACUAGCCUAACUGUUGAUUUUGAUGUGUAUAAUAGGAAUGUACAAAACUUUAAGAAAUCGAAGCCACCGCCACCUCAUUUUCGGCUAAUAUGUUUGAAUGAACAAGAUGGAGUGCCAAAUGGGGAAGAAAUAGUCUCUCUCAACGCAGAAUAUGAUGAUAACAUUACGAUUGUAUUCGCAAUCGUUGGCAUCGGUUCUAUAUCUUAUAUUCGAAUGAACCCAAGCGAUUUGCCUAUGUAUAUACCAAGUAAUAAGAUAUAAUAUAUAACAGAUUAUUAUAUUGUGAA